AUGGUCGGAAAUACCUACGAAUUAAUGUCAAUUGGUUCACAGCCUAUACCACUCGAGUUCCUUGCCGUUUCAACGUUGGGGACUCCCCAGGAACUAUCUAGGAUGACUACGACGCUCAAGCGCAUAUCAUGCGUUAUUCGUACACCUUCGGUCGAGGCUGACCAGGGUUCUCCUGGAUGGAUCCAACGUGUCCAGAAACAACAAGAGGUGAUGCAGAAUCGACUACACACUUUCAACAGCCAACAUCUCUCCCUUGGAGGGGAAGCGGUCAGCUGCGUGGUGCCAUUCGAUCAAGGGAGAAAUAUCGUUUACGGGGCUACCGACGGCGUUUACUUGUUGGAUGUUACUAAACCGCAUAAUCAACCAUCCAGGAUCUUAGCCUUGAGUGAUGUCACACAGGUAGAUGAUCUCGAAGAAUGCCAGAUUUUGAUUGUACUGUCUGGGGGACAGGUUCUUGCUUUUCCGCUGGAUGUGCUCGACUUGAAAGACCCUAUCGCGGCCCUCGAGCGCGUAAAGCGAGUUGCCUCGCAAGUGUCGUUCUUCAAAGCAGGGACAUGCCUCGGCAGAACGAUGUUAUGCACCGUCGAGUCCAGCCUGCUGUCCAGCACGAUCAAGAUUUUCGAGCCUGUCUCCGACAAAACCACCGAGUUCGCCAAGUUCCGGAGACGAUUGCAAGGCGGCCAGCAUGGCGGUAACGACGGGUUGGCGAUGCCCAUAAAGGGGUUCCGUGUGGCCAGACGGGCGAAUGCCGUCAUGUUCCUCAAGACGAGAAUCUGUCUCAGCUGCACGGAUGACUUCAAAAUCGUUGAUAUCGAAUCCCUGGAUAACCAACCUCUCCUGGCCCCGUCCGACCAGUCGCUGGACUUCGUGCGCGGCCGCAAAGCCCUGCAAGCGAUUGCCCUCUACCGGGUCGGUGAUAACUUCCUGGUGUGCUACGAUGAGUUUGCGUUUUAUGUCAACAGGACCGGAUGCCGGUCCAACAAACACUUCUUGGUGUUCUGGGAGGGUACCCCGACCGCUUUUGCCACAGCUCUUCAGUACCCGUACAUUCUUGCCUUCGACCCUACGUUCGUGGAAAUCUGGCAUGUAGAGACUGGACGGAUUGUGCAGGUCAUCCAAGGCAGCAAUAUACGGUGUCUCUUUACCGCCGACACGCCGCCGUCACUGAAGAUCGACCCGGCAAACCCUUCCGCGGGGCGGAGUGAAAUGCUGAUAGUAUCUGACGAACGUGUCAUGAAGCUGCGGGUGUCCGCGGAGACACUGUAGGAAGUCCCGCUUAUUCUUCGUGUUGCUCACCAGUCAUGCCAGAUGGGCAUGUUGGAAUAUGAUGUAUUAUUGACAGGCUUUCCCGAGCAUUCGUCUGAAUGUUAUGCACCGCGACUUAAGGAUAUGUUUCGGAUCGCAUCCGCAUCCCCCACUGCUGGAGUUCAAC